AUCUAACCGAUAAUGUUCAUUGUGUGACGGUGUACAAUUUUGAAGCACUACGAAACAUCAUUCAUUGCCAACUACCUGUUCUACUCUCGCGCAACAAUAAUAUACGAUUGGUAAUAAUUGACGCCAUAACUGCUAUUCUUCAAGAUGCUUUUAAAGAUUUUCGGAAGCGCGCUACAGAAAUCUUCAGUCUGGGCGCUAAACUUAAAGAAAUAAGUGACAAGUUUAAUACAGCCAUUAUAUGCAUAAAUCAAGUCGCCUCGGACGUUUUUUCCAAAGAGGGUGUUUAUGAUGCCCUUGAUUUUAGUGAUAAAGAAUGUUGGAAUUAUGCACAAUAUUAUAAGCAAAUGAUGUUACUUGGAGAUGGAAAUAGAGUACCUGCUUUAGGUUUAUCGUGGUCUAGCGUAAUUAACACAAGAAUAUCGUUAUCUAGACCUCUUAGAACAUUAAAAGAAACAAUCUGCACCAUGGCCAAAGAUCCAAGAGUAAUUACUGUUAUUAUGGCCCCACACACACCGAAACGUGCUGGACAGUUUUACAUUGAUAAUGACGG